CACGGCGCUGGCGUCGUGCGUUCCUCAGCAUCGAAAACCCUCGAUCUUUUCGAUCGUGCCAGCUGUGAUCGUCGUCUGCACUGAUCCAUACACGUGGUCUAACAACACCUUGCAAACUUGUUUACUUUGUCCGCGCAAACAGCAUCCGGUUGUUCAAUCAUCGUACGUUUGUUCUACCAGUGAGUUCGGUUGAUCACGUGUGGUUACGGUAAAUUGUUUUUCCUCGGAGCUAAAUGGCGAUACAGGAAGGUGAACGGUCGACGUGAUGGUUUCGUGAAAAUUUAGUGAUGUGCAGAGAUGAGACGCGAAAUGCCGAACGCGAAGGAGGAAAAGGACCAAGAGGAUCGUGCCUCGAAACAAGGAUCGAGAUCGAGAGUGUGUCAAGAGCACGGUGAACAGGAUUGUCCGAGUGAAAACGAACACGAGUUCGAGUCGUUGGAGUACGAAGAGGACGUUUAUUACUCGAAUUUGACCGCGACACCCAGUUUUGACGAUAUUGACGAACUCAGCGACGAUGCUGACGAGAUUAUUGUUCACUGCUGGAGAGACUCCAAUGGUGACAUCGAUGAAAUCGUGGUGGACGACGCGAAUUUGUCUGUGGAGACGCAGUUUUUGCCCUGCGACGACGAGGGAGGACGCGGGAGGAGGAAGAAGAAAUCGGUCCGAGUGAUCUUCCAGGACUUCUCGAAACCAUAUUUAGCGAAAAUUAGCAACAGCCAGAAUUAUAAGAAGUUCCUCGAAUUGGUAAAAGGGGAAGAUGCCAGUCUCCAUUCAGGUGGAUAUAUUUCGCCAUCAUCGGAUAACGUGGUGAACGAGCUGCAAGGACUUUCCUUAGAGGAACAAGAUCGUCAAAAGGCGGAAUGGAGUGCAGAACUAGCCAAAGUGGAAGAAGAGAUACAAACUCUGAGGCACGUAUUGGCGAACAAGAUAAGAGUUUCUCAGGAGCUGAAGAGAAAACUGGGCAUCAGCGUUUGGAAGGAGAUCACCGACGACAUGAAUCAGGGGUUGAAAAACGUUAAGGAGAGCCAAGUUUAUCAGAACGUCGGCGAGAAACUCGGUCAGUUCACCAAGGCAGUCACCGAGAACAUUUUAUUCCAGAAGACAGAGUCCGUCUUCAAGACCACGGCUGAGAAGACCACCAGCAUUCUUGGAGGCUUCGGAAGUGGCUUAUCCUCGAAGCUGGGUCAAAUGCGUAACUCCGACAGCUUCCGUUCUUUGGAGGAACGAGUCGGGUCUGCUUAUGAAAAUAUGAAGACAAAGGUGGUGCCUUCAAGAUCCAGUUCCAUGCAGAGCUUUGACGAUGCUCUUCGAGAAUCAGAAGCGGCGAGACGCGCGUCCGCCGCGCCUUCAGCUACCAGCCCGACUAUUCCCGAAGACAAGCUUCUAUCUUAGAGCUGGCCCUUGACCUUACAUCGAUUUCUGCCUCUUCUCUGCGUAACAUGCUGAAGUCGUCGAUCCACGAUGCCAUCGAUGUUCGCCCUACGCUACUUACUAUCACUUUCUAACGCAUUGCUAUUAAUCAGGGCUAAUUGUAAGAGCGACACUAUCGUUCACUCAGCUGCAACUUAGGCUUCCUUCGAUUAAGGGAUAUGCUAAUUUUAGGAGAAAUCGAGGACCAAGAAAAACGUAGGUCCUAAGAAAAACCUAACCUAUAAUCUAUUUGUCCCUGACACUGUCAACUGAGGGAAGCCUAAGCUGGACGCGACUGCACUAUAUAUUAUUAAAGAAAUAUGGAAUACCCUUCAAAGAACAAGAAGUGACAAAAUACACGCUUCGAGCGUUUGUACGACUCGGAGUGUCUUUUAAAUGUCUUCUUCAAUGUACGCGAAAAUUGAGACGGAAAUACGCUUCUUCGUGUUAAAUAUUACGAUGAGACUUUCGGUUCGGAAGAAGAGAAUUAUAUAUACUUUCUGUUUUCUUUUUCUGUUUUACUCGUUUGAGGGUACAGUUCUUUUAAAGUUGACGCAAGAGAAUUUUGUUUACCCCAGUUUUCGAUGUAUCGUGUGUACGCGAGUUUUCUUUCGCAGGAUUGUAAUGUUCUUUUUUUAUUGGGAAGCUUUUCAGCGUCGCAAGAUGUGGAGAUGUAAUAUUGCAUUUACGUUCAGGGUCAUGUUACUCAAGAAGACGGCAAUUGAUUUCCUUAUUUUAUCGAACUUAUUUGCACUAUAGCGAUUUUUAUAACGUAUAAUAAUAUAUCGUUGAUACGUACUUUUUAACGUUUUUUGCGUUGCAACCUGUUUUCGCACCUCGAAUUCCUGAAGAUGAGCACCACACGCUUUCAAAUAGAUAUUCACCUGGUGGCGUUUCCUCUUGGACAUUGAAUAUCUUCGUGUAUUACUACGAGACACUUAAUGUUCUUCGAUAAAACUCGUGCUUCGACAAUACUGUCCAUUUCGUGUGAUAAAAAGACCAUCGAUCUUUGUUGUAACUUUCUUACCGAGUAAUUGAAAUUAGUGCAAUCAUGUUUCUAACAUUAACUCAUUGCUUUGUGCGGGCAAAAUGGCCGCCUAUUUGUUCUAAAUUAUCCAAACAUACUUGAAGAUUAAUUGAAUUUGAUUAUGAAAAAUAACAUCGACCUUGAUCAAAAUAUGGCAAUCGUAAUUAUGUUAGCACGAUACUGAGUCGAUGCAAAUAUUUCGUUGACAAAAAUGUUUCCUAGAGUUUACGAAGGGGUCAUAAUCAGUUGAGAAAUUGUAAACGGAAGCUUAAGAUGUAUGGAAAGUUACUAUAACUAUAAAUUGACCAGAAAAGAAAUAUUUUUUACUGAGCUCUAUUAGCGCGGAUGCGCGGUGACCCGAGCGCAUUUAUUUAUUUAACAAAAUCUACAACUUAAACGUAAUCUUAUACGUGGUAGAACAUUUAAUCUAUGUGUCAUUUGAACUCGUUACAGUUUCUAUGAAUCUAUCGUUAAUCUGCGCUCAUUCCGUCAUCGACAACCUGCUACACAUCUACUUGUUCAUUUUGGUGAAUAAAUUAUUUAAAAAAAUGUCACGGGUGAAUUAGCGAUUUCUGGCCCCACAAAAUACGACGAAUAUACACAGUUUGUUAUUAUAACGUUUUGCGUGUGCUUUUUAAUUAUAUCGAACUUAUUCGUACUUAAUGGGAAAUUAAUAUAAUAUAUAUUUUUUAUGAAAA